AUGGCACUCAGAAACGAGCCGCUGGUUUAUCUAUAUCGUCAGUACAAGGAGUCUACGAAGUAUGCCCUCGGUUGGCUUUACGCGGUCUCCCAGCUUGCUCCUGCCAACCCACUCCCCCGGUCCGAUCUCCUGGAGGCAGCAAACAGAAUAGCCCUCCGGAAAAUCGAGGUUCCAGUGUCAGUCAUAUCACAUCUGAAGAGUGCUGUCACAGGGCGACGAAUGGUCCUGCAGAUAUACCGAAGUCUGAGCGAAUCAUCUGAUGGAAACAUAGACGAGGAUAAUAUCAAACAUGAAACUUUCAUCAAUAGAUUGGAAGAAGUUUUACGGAUACUGCUGCCGUUAAAGGCGUCAUCAUCUCUGCAAUCGACGGAAAAAUCCGACUCGAGCCCUAUUUCGAAUCGCUUCACGGCACUGCAGGUUUCUGACGACUCCAACGCUGUUGAGCCAAAUUUUGAAGAAGAAAAUGUUCAAAAUGUGCCACAUGAUGCUGUGCAUGAUUCACCAGCUGCAAUUCAGUCAUCGCAGUUACCAGAAGACCUUAUUCUGGAGGAUGAUGAUAUAGGAGAGUGGAUCGAGCUGAGCUAUUUCCUAUGUGUAAGAUCCCUAACCCCUCGUGUUUUAGAGAAGCUUAUUUCAAGACAGGAAAUGGACGCCAUAUCCGAACAGGUCAAUGAAUGUUGGAGACAGGCAGCCGGGAAACAGCUGCCGGUUCCACUAGCUGCCUGGCUGUCGACAACAGCUUUGCAUGCAGCGGGCAGAAUUUUUGCUCGCAUAAGCCACAUUGCCCCAACUUUUGAUGUUCUUGUUGACAAAUGGUCCAAACACGCGAAGAAGGGAGUCAAAAUUCGCUUCAAAGAUAUACCCCAGCUAGCUUCCUCGUUCGGUGGCCGUUGUGCUGAUGUGUUUACACUCCGGAAAAUACGCCUGCUGCUUCACCACUGUCGAACUCUGGAGGAAUAUAAGAAGAUACUUCCCAAUGCCGGAGCCAGGGCAAACCCUGCUGAUAUAAUAAAACCACACAUUCCUCGCGGACCUAAUGAUAUAACCUGGGUCCAUGACAAUCUAGCCCUUGAUAGUAUGCAGGAAAGCAUGCGUCAGUUGCUGGUCUCUGACCGUGCCAUAGCAGCUAUUGAAGCCUCUGAAAAAGACGUACAUAUCUCAGAGCCUUUGUUAUCAUCUCUGCGUCUGUUUCUCAGAGAUGAGAGCUUGCCUAUUCCGUUUCAACUCGUGUAUGGCAUGGAGAUGUUGUUAUCGACUUACAAGUCAUUCCUUUGGCCCCAGGGAAAGAAGACUACGCAAAAUCGCCGCAUUUUAGCUUUGCAAUUCGCCAAAGAAGUGCAAGGGAGUAUCUUGGACGCAGUAUCCGCGCUUACGGGAGUCCAAAGUACCGAAGACGAUGCUGCCACAAUUCGGCACAGGCUUCUCCUUCAAGUUCAAGCUGAUGAUCUAGAUACAUUUGUUCGUGAACAGGGCUUCGAUCUCUAUUAUCAAUCUCCUUGGGUGGCAGGAUGCCACAUGGUUGAAAUACUGGACUCCGCCUUUUUCGACGGAGUUUCGCUUUGCUGUGAUCUUGGAUAUGUCUGUGCAGUGCUGCACCUAUACAAUGCCUUGCGGCUCUUGGAUCCGCCGAUCCACAAGAUCACUCUGCUAGAGCAACUGUGCCAGUUGUUCCUCCAACCGCUGUUCCUGGGGACACUUCCCAAGGAGAAUUUCUGUUCCCAUUUCCGCAGAGCAAGGGGGCAGGGUCGCGAUCGAGAGAAGACCGCAAGUUCAGACAGACGUUCGGGCCUAUCGAUGCCGUAUACAAUGUCGAAGCGCAAGGUCGAUGGAAAUAGGUUGUCUCUGUUUCACGCCCUCAACUGCGUCAACUAUCAACCCACAAUUGAAUUCUGGACCAGAGUCUAUAUCGACCCAGCAUUGAGAAAGCCAAGUCGCACCCAGGCUGCCCGUGUUACGCGGGAGAUUCAUUCAGUGCCAUUCAGUGAGCCCCUGGGACGGAUUAAGACCGCCGUUAUGAAGGAAUUCACCGGUGAACUUCCCAUUAUGCGCACCAACCUGUUUGCAGUAUUCUGCUUCUGUUCUCGGCUGCUUCUUGAGGAAUCUUCAGUAAUUGAGGAAGUCGGCGAUCAGAGAGAUGAACUUGAGAGGGUUAAUGUUGACGGCAACAUGCAAAUAACUGAUAUAGAUGAUUUCAGGAAGAUACAGUGCUAUGAAUGGCGCCCCGCUAAGGGCGAUGAGACUUGGAUUCGACUGGACGACCCCCGUGUACUUGCUAGGUAUGCACUUGAAGCAGAACAUCUCACGCUUAAGAUCCCUCCGGCCACCUGCACAUUGUAUGACGCAGGGAAGCGUUUACCCAAACGAAUCUUACGACUAUCACAGGUCACAUGGUAUCGCAUCAUCAGUUUCCGAGGGUUAGCAGCAUCCGUCUGUGCUAAUAGCAGCCUUAUCCAUCACCACCAAAUCAGCGUAGAUAAAUUCUGCGAUCUCAUGUUUCGCGAGGUGGCUACGGGUUAUGGAGACUCCAACGGCGCGAGAACUUCAGAACUCAGGCAUGCCGUGGACCUCCAUAUUCGCUGUAAAAGUCGCACCAAGGGUGGCAACCCGUUCGCAUCAGGAUGGGCGCCUUUCCACAUUACCUGGUUUAGUCUCGUUCCCGAUGGUCAGCAGGGGUCCUUCGGUAGUGCUUGGAGAUCCGGUCCACUGUACGGCUGGAGCUCCAGAAUAGGCCCCGGACGAUACCAUUUGCAAGAAAUGGCCUUUACGAUGGGGUACUGGCCGAACAACGUUAAUGAAAUCGCGGGUUUGAAGAACAGGAGGAAACCUUUGGAAUCUAUUGAACCAGCACACUGGCACUGGACGAUUUUACACUUAGCCCCCUCGCACUUCUCCCAGGUUUCUGAGACAUCACCGCGCUAUGUGUUUGAGAACGAUGGUCAUAUAAUUCCCAUUGGGCUUAUUUUUGAGGCUUUAAUGGAGGCUGCUAGCUCAUGGGAUGGGGUUGCAGACCACCUGGCCACUCUAAUUACCAAGGGAGACGCAUUAUUUGAUCCGAACCAGCACGAUGCUAACAUACGAGAAUGGGACGAUUUUUGGAAAGCCCAGGAGCCGCUACUCACAGCAGGAGCUCGUUUUAUCAGCGAGUUUCGAGAAGACGUAGUACAGUAUGGGGAUAAAAUUCACCAACAUGUCCUUACUCCUAGUGUGGGACAUCCUCUAGCGCAGGUCCAGGAGCAGAUCAGCCGGCUGAGGAGCAUCCAGGCUCGACUCGAGAGCCUGCGAGAUCAACUCAGGACGCUCAGAGAUGGCUUAUUCAACGCCAGCGCGGUCAUCGAAUCCAGAGCUGCUACUGAGUUGGGCGAAAAUGUCAAACUUCUCACUUACGUUAGCAUAGUCUAUCUGCCGCUUAGCUUCUGUGCGGCGCUAUGGAGUAUAGACUUUAGCUACCACCUGGUCGUCUUCACCCUCGUCACAGUGCUUCUCUCAACUGCGACCUACCUCAUCGUGAUGAAUGUUAACAAUGUCGCCCGCCUGAGCAAAGGAGUGUAUCGAAGGUUUCGCGCUCGGAUCGUGCAAUCCAUGGCGAAUGAUCCGAACUGGGUUGCCGUAGGGGAGGCCUUCAGCCAGUUCCGACCGGAGCGUGAGAAUGUGACUCCAUCGGAGUGGAAAAUCGUGGUCUUUAUGGUAUCACGGCUGUGGCAAUGGGUGAGGAGUCCUCGGUUACGGACUCAUACUAAGGGGGUAUCCAAACCAGCAAACGUGUAA